AUGAGCUGCUUACAACAAGCGGCACGUCAAGGAGACUUGCUCCUGACGCGUUUUCUCCUUGAACGUGGCGCGGAUGUUAACUUUGCUGCUCAUGAGGAUGGAGGACGUACGGCACUGCAGAGUGCUGUCGAAUGUGGUGCAACUUCAGUUGCAGGUUGUCUGCUCAGUGUCGGAGCAGACCUAAAGGCCGCUCCGGCGAAGAGGAACGGAGUCACCGUGCUAGAAGCUUUCGCAAAGUCUAACAAGGAUGCCUACUACCCGAGAUUAGCAGCCAGAGCUUCGUCCAUCGACCCGGAGUACCAAAGAGAUCAAGUUUCAAAAUUAGGAGAUUUUCGAAAUUGGGUGGCCAUGGGCGCGCCCAUCAAUCGCCUGAAGGGCGAUGACAGUAGCUUACUGCACCACUUGGUAUAUAAUUUCCAUUACGAAUGCCUGCAGUCAGCAUUGGAACUAGGCGCACGAACAGAAGCCAGGUGGCACGUGGAUAAGAACAUUAGUGUGUUUCAGCAUGAGCUUGAGCAUGAAACUUCAAAGGGCAUGAAGACUCCGCUUCAACUUGCUGCAUACUUGGACGAAGUUGAAGCUGCUCGCUUGCUACUCGAGUAUGGAGCCGAUAUCAAUGCCCACCCGAGCGACGAGUACGGCAGAACUGCGUUACAGGCAGCGACGUGUAACUUCAGAGAACAGUGUGGACAUGAAAUGCUGCAACUUCUGCUUUCCUUCAACCAGGACAUCAACGCACCACCAGCAUAUCAAGGAGGCCUCACAGCCCUACAGGGUGCAGCAAUAAGCGGCGAUUUAGUUGUUGCCAGGAUGCUGCUCGAGCGAGGUGCAGAUAUCAACGCUUCUGCCGCAGCGGAGGACGGGAGGACGGCGAUCGAUGGAGCUGCUGAACACGGCCGGUUGGAGAUGGUGGAAUUCUUGCUCGAGAAUGACGCGAAAGGAGACCCAAAGACCGGGUUCUCCAGGGCCAUUGAACUCGCGGAAGCGGAGGUUCAUUUUGGAAUUGCGAAAGUCCUACGAGAACACGUUGCCACGUUGGCGCUUCGAGAUUUUGAUCUGGUACGUGGAGUGAAUAACGACCUCGUCGGACCUCUGCCGUCUCCGGGGUUCGUCUUCUCAGACGAGGCCAUUGUGGAUUUCAACUUUGAGAUGCCGAGUUGA